GAGGGAACACCACGGCCCUGAGUGAAGGCAUCGGGCUGAGCUGGCUGACUACGGCUGCUGCUAAGGCUAGAUUUAUUUUUUUUUAAUGCUGUCGUCGCAAGUGUAGUAGUUCUUCGGUCAGACAGAGAUAUAUAUUUUUAUACAGUACUACAGUAUCAUCAAGUUAUUGUUCAGACUAUUUUUACGAGCGCAGUCUUCUGGAUUUGGGUUCGACGCCAUGGAUUCCGCAAGUCAAGACAUCAAUCUGAACUCUCCAAAUAAAGGCCUGGGCCCAGGCUCUCUUUCAGAUAUGCCAGAAGAGCUAGGCGCGUCUAGUGCUGGGAGUCCAGCAACGGUUCCUCCAGGACUAACAGAGGAAGAGGCAGAAGAAUUAAAGACUGAACUCACCAAGGUGGAGGAUGAGAUUCAGACUUUACGGCAAGUACUGAUGGCCAAAGAGCGUCACGCCACCGAUCUGAAGCGCAAGCUCGGCCUCAGCCCUCUGACCGAACUCAAACAGAACAUCACCAAAGGCUGGCAGGAUGUGCAGACCUCAAACGCUUAUGUGAGGACAAGUGAGACACUGGGCCAGUGGAAUGAGAAGAUUGCAGGAUGUGAACUAUAUCUUUCAGCCUCUGCCACUCUGGAUGACAUUGCCAACUCUGAAGUGUACAAGAAGACUCAGGAAACACUGUCUCAGGCAGGACAGAAGACCUCAGCAGCCUUCUCCACCGUGGGCUCUGCUAUCAGCAGAAAACUAGGAGACAUGAGAGCGCUGCCUUUCUCUAACUCCUUUGGUAGCAACUACUCCAUUCGCCAUUCGAUAAGUAUGCCAGCUAUGAGGAAUUCCCCAACGUUCAAGUCAUUUGAGGACAAAGUUGGAAAUCUUAAGUCGAAGGUGGUUGGAGGGAAGGCCAAUGGGGAUGGCCUCCAGUCUCCGACCGAUUCAAACCCUCCGCAGGACAACGCACCGUUCUGAGCCUCUGUACUCCCAAACGAACAUUCAUCUCAUCUCUUAGUGACACCUGACUCUCUACAGCCAUCAUCACUUCUUUCUCUCUCUCUUUCUCUCUCUCUCUCCUUCAGCUCCCUUUUUCCCCAUCUAAAGCUUGCAUGUGCUCGUCUCGAUCUCCACUUACACCACAGCUUAUGGACUCAUCCAAAAAGGAUUGUACUUAAACAACAAAAAAAAAAAUGAAGAAGAAAAAAAAAUGUUACAACCAUUUUGUAUUCUAAAGUAUUUUACACUGCUUUGCCUAAUGUUUUUACAUGACGUAUAUAUCUAUAUAUGAAUAUAAAGAAUACAAAUAAUUAUAUUGAAACUGUACUGCCAAGCAGCAUUAAUCAAAAAGGGGAAAUGAGAUGAAACCUGAAAUGGGGGAGAGGGCUGCUGAUUGAACAACUCACCCAAGGGGAACGUGCUGCAGUUUUCUAUGCUGCUUUUCAUUCAUUCGAGGACGUUUUUUACUCUAAGUACAAUAUGAAGCAACGCUUUACAGUACAUCUGGUGAAUGUCUAUUCCUUUGUCUGCCUUACACUAUCACUCCUUGUCUUUUUGUUGAUUUUUGCUGGUCAAAGCAAGUCACAUUAAGGUUCUUUUUAUCUUUUCCUGUCCUCUUUUCCCUUUCUAUUGUUGAUUUGGUAUGCCAUAUCUGGGCGCUUGUUCUGUUUAUGCCAUGUAUGUUAAUAUCUGCCUGACUUUUAUUGCUUUUAUUCCUGUGCUUUGUGCCAGCAAACUGAUGCCAUUUAAAGACCUUCUGCUGUUGAAACAAAGAGCUAUUUCACCACUCGCACUCACACUAAUUACUGUUAUAAGAGUCACUAUUGAAAAUAGCUCUUGCUUUAGCCUGCACUACCCCAAUGUGUACUCACUGACUGAGACCAGUUGUGUCAAACUCCUUUUUGUCAUUUCAUUAUGCUAAAUAUUGCGAUGCAUACUUGUAUAAUUUGUUUGGUAGCACAGUCACUUUGCAUUUCAAAACCAAUCAUUGGCCAUUUUUUCAAAAUUGUUAAUCAUUUUUAUUUUGCCUUGUUUAUUCUAUCUCAUUAUUUCAUUAUAUUUCUGUGUGUAAAUGGGGUGAAUUAUUAUUUCAGUAGUUUGCUAUUAAAUAUGCUAGACUGAGCUCGAAUUUGAGGGAUUUAUUAUAUCAAAUUGCCAGAACUAUGUACAGUACAGUUAUGCUGCCAGUAAUACACAGCAGGGGUAUUGGGCUUCAUCUUUAUGGCAUUUACUGGGUAUGUUACUGUACAUUUCUCUUAAUAAACAUUGAAAGAUGUAAAACUUCAAGAAUUUUUGGGGGGAGAAAUGACGCGUCCCUUAUCCUGCAUAUGUUGACCGGCUGUUGUAGAGUGCGUGAGCACAAUAUGGCUUUAAAUCUGAAAUUGUAGCUCAACUUUACAAAAUGAGAGGAACUGGUUUUCUUUUAAGGGGUUGUGAAAUUUUCAUUUAUGUUAAUAUCUGUGUUUGUCCUGUUUAUCAAUAAAGCAUUCCUUCAAAUAAG